UUUGGAUGGAAAACGCCAUUCACCAGAGAGAAAGCCACCAGAGCCCUGACUCCUUCACUAGAAAGUCAUCAGAGAAUCCGUCAGGAUCUCCUUGCAGCAAAGCAGAUGAGCCGGCAGGACGACCGCUACCGCCUGGUCUCCAAACACCGGGCCCCAUGUGUGCAGGUGGGGGCAACCCUGCUGGCCGUGGAAGCUGCCAAGAGGAUUGAGCAGGACAGGCUGACUCCCGAGGCUACCAAACCAACAGCCCAAAAAGGAAGCAACAUGGCAGGCGUCCUCUCCUCUUCUGUGGAAGAAUUCCAGCUGUUUGACAUCAUUCAGGAGGACCUUGCUGAGAAAGAGACUCUCUCUAUUCCUGCCUCCGGCUCCAAGAAAUCUGAUCCAGACGUGAUACUUUGUAAUUCAGUAAAGAUGAUUCGUGAACGGCUAUCAAUCUCCAAGGAUGAAAAAGGAACUGAGCACCGAGAGAAGGACGAUGAUUAUGUCUAUGACAUUUACUAUAUGGAGACACUUACCUCAGGAUGGAUUGAAAGCAUCCUCUCUGUGCAACCAUACAGUCAGGAGUGGGGGCUGGUAGCUGAUUCUCAUCAAGCAGAGGAGAUUGACGAUGAUGAUGAAGAUGAGAACAGUGAGAAUCACUGGCGUAACGAGUACCCCGAUGAGGAAGAAGGAAGCAGUGACAGAGCAAGCACCAGAGGGUCUGAUGAAGAAUAUGGCAGCUUUAGUGACGAGGAAAGUAGUGUCAUCAGACCAAAGAAGUGGAACAAAUAUCCCUAUGACGUGCUGAAAGAGUUUGAGUAUGACAGCUCUCAGGACUUGGAUUCAGAUUGAGAAAUACUCAAGCAUUCACCAUUUGCCUGGGACAAGACCUCUGGCAGCUCUGGCCAUAGGCAUCAUAUGCCUUUUUGCUAUUGACCCUGUUCCAGUAUCAUAACUUACCUUGAAAGGGGAAAGGAUUAAGAAAAACACACUUCUGAAAUAUUUGACCCUCCAGUCAAACUCUGGCCUCCAGACAAUUUUGUGCUGCUGGAAAAGGAAAAACCUAUAAAA